ACUAUUACGAGUACGAACAUAAUGCGCCGCCUAUCUUACCUCGCUCAAAAUGUCACUUCCCACGGUUCUAACGGGGAAUGCGGCUGCCAAACUUUGCCACUAGGUGGCGUCACGUGAGUUUGUUACAUGACAUUAGUUUGCCCCCACCUUUUUUUCUUUGAAUAAAUAAAUUAUCAUAAUAGCUAAUGAAAAUGUGAGUUGCCACAAUCCAUUAAGUUAUGUAUUAAUUUAAUGAGAUAUUUAUGUACCGGUCUAAAUAGUUUUUAAUAUUAGACGUGUUUAAUUGAUCAGAGGUGGGAGCUUUGAAUCUGCAUUGAUAUCUCUGUAAGAAUUUAGAUCACAGGCAAAUUCUGUUGGAUCCUCAUAAUCGACAUUUAAUCCUGGAUUCAAUUGAAAAUUAUUAUUUUGGUCGUAGAAUAUGAACUAGUUGAUAUUGUACAUUUUACAUGAUAUUUUAAGCAUAAUAUUUUCGAGUGAAAACAGUACAUAGCCAAAUAUACUUAACCUUUCUAUGAGGUCUUUUUUUUCCUUUUACUGAUGGCUUGCGUUCCCGUAACAGUGGUUUUAACCGUGUUACAGUCAGACGUCCAUAUUUUUCAUGAGGAUCCAUUUUAUUGCGUAAAACAGACGAUUAUUACGCACAAGAAAAUAGAUAUCCUAUUAAACAUUGGUUUAUUAAAUAGAAAUAUUUUUUUAAGUUAUAAAUUUCAUACAACGAGUUGGUCGAGUUAUCUCAAACUCUAGUGGCGCCAUCUACAAUUAGCUUUCAGCCGCCUUCCCCAUUUCUCAGCAUGUGUCUGCACGCAUUAACAUGUCAUGCAUCAAAUUAAAUGUAUACCUAUAAUUUUGAAGGCUGUAUGGUAUGUUUGUCCAGUUCAAAACUCAUGACGAUGACGAUAAUAGGUUACGGGCCUACAAACGAUUUUCACAGCACUUCGGAAAAUACUGCUACGAGCUACGGCGUAGCAUGCGUAGCGUUGUAUGCCUUCGAACUCUCGUAAUAACACUGAUAAAUGUACGUCGUCAAAGUAACCUUCAUGCUUUCAAGUAAGGGUUAUAUUUGCUAGGUUGUACCAAUGACGUUGGCGUCGUGAUUUAAAUAUGGCAAAUGACGGUCAAAUGGUUAAGGCUGAUUAUCACGGAUUAAUCCAUUAAAAUAUGAACGCUAAGUACGAAAUAUUUCGUACAUUUUGGCUCGCCAUUUCCCAUCACUAUUGCACGCGUUCAAUUAUAUUGCUUUGCCACUCGCACAGUGUCACUGACCGCCGGAAUUUGGGCGGGACAGUAAUAAAAUUACGCAGAGAAACGAACAGACGGGUCAAUGUAAGAAAUUCUUCUUACAUUACGUCCCUACUUUAGCAGAAAAUCUCAGUUCUGUUCAAUCGCACAACUGAUUUUGCUCUUCAGAAAUAAAUUAAAUUAAAAUAAGUUUUUGGUAAAACUUUCAUUUUUGGUACAAGCUUUUACCGCUGACUAUACUUUUCUUAGCACGGGCAAUUAAUAUUCAUCGAGACCAUUCUAAAAACCCCAAAAAUUAGGUUGCGUUGCCUUAUCACAGAGUUCCUAUGGCCACCUCCUGUCUCCAUCAUCAGAUCAUCUGAUGGUACCAUAAUAUUGCAUUGUCAACCGGCUUACCAUACAAUACUAACAGGGCAAGUUAAAUAAAAGCUUGUAAUAACCUACUAUUUUCAUAAAUAGCCGUAAUCUCCUCACUCCUAAAGCAAAUCUAAAGAUAGAUACACAAGUAAUAUUACUUACCUUUUUCCAUUUUUCAUUGAUUACUGCUGUUCAGAAAAUGAAAGUCAUUACCUCCAGAAUGGUGCCAAAAUUGGAAAAUUCCUAAUCAUUGAAAUUGAGCAGUAAACAUGGUUUGGUUGGGAAGAAUCCUCUGACCCUGACAUGGUUAUUGGGUCACGAAAGGUUAUGGUGGUCCAGCUCGGGCGGGGGCGCGGUAGGAAUCGAUGUCGCGGCGACACUCCGGCGCCAUUCUACAUCCUGGGACACACGGGACGAUACACAUUAUUUCUACAUACAUUUAUUACAUGAUUACUCAAAACAUGUCGAAUAUAAUUCAGUCUGUCUAAGCUAUGUGUCAUUAUAAAUGUCAUAUUUUUACAGAUUAUUUGAAAUUUAUAAUGAAAUUACUACACUCGUAAAAUUGUACAAGCCUCAAUUAGUCAAUUUAUAUUUUGUCUCUUUCUUACAAAUACAUAAGUCAAAAUGCCAGAUUAAUAGCAAAAUUAAGUUUUAACAAGCAAAAACGUCUGCGAACGAUGCUAUUAAGCUUAGAAUAAAUUGAAGUGAAUAAAAGUGGAAAAAUUACUGUCUUGGGUGAGACUUGAACUCACGGCCUCUGGAUAAAUACUCCAGUGCUCUGCCAUCUGAGCCACCAAAACCUCAUCAAUUUUAACAAAUGUUUCUGCUUGUUAAAAAUUAAUUUAUGUUGUUGUCAAAACACCGCAAUAGUUAUUUGUUUUAUGAGGUAAAGUUGUUGUUUAACAGCUCGUAUUAAUAUUGAUACCCGAACAAGCGAAAGAUUCAAAAUUAAAUCACAAGCGUAGCGAGUGGUUCGUAAAGUUUUGAGCGUUGCGAGAGUUUCAAGCUACGAGGGUUAAACAAACUUUGCUACCGAGUGAAACGAAAUAGUUUUCAUCAUACCAACGUAAGGAAAAUACUAACUGUAAAACAUUAAAAUUUAAGAUUUAAUAUAGCGAUAGAUUUGAUUUGUAAUGUUUUAAAGUUUGUAUUUUCCUAGUGAAUUAUUUUGUGUUUCACUCAGUAGCAACGUUUGUUUAGCCCUCUUGCCUUAACCCUUAAAUGCCUAGUAUUGCUAAAUGUCUACAAAGCAUUAGACAGCUCACAGAUUUUAAAUUUAAAUUCAAAUCCGUCUCUAAAUUCAAAUUAAAAAAAAAAUACCAUAAUUAAAAAAUCAUGCAUUAAAGGGUUAACAUGAUAAAGUAUCAACAUUAGCACGAGGGCUUAAACAACAACUUUGCCCCCAUGUAAAACCAAUAACUAUUUAUUUAUUAUUAAUUAUUUGUUUAUUUAUCAAUACACAGUAUAAAGCUUAACUCUAAACGGAUCCAUACAAAAUUGUACAUAUUUAAGUACAAUUUGCCUGUAGGUAUUAUAAGUCUCAACUAAGUAAAUAGGAACAUUAUUUAGCCAAAUGCCUUACUUUUUUAACAGAAACAUUUUAUUUUCUUAUAAUUUAGGUAAGUUAAUUAAAAAACCACGAGUGAAUUACUUGCUCGCCUAACUCGCCUUAUGUCAGAUUACACUUAAAUUGGCUAAUCUAGUGUAGGUGCCUAUUUAUUACUUUAAGACCGUAUUCAUUAGUUAUCUACUUGAAAUUAAAACGUGAAACCUAAGUCAUAAUUACAGUCUGUAACCGAGGUCUCGGUGUGUCCACGGUCUAAUGUUGUCAGAUCUCGAUUUCACUUGCAGCAUCCACACACGCGCUCCGCCGCCGUCGUGGCCCGCAACAGUAACACACAUCCAAGUCGAUGUAGUGGGAGAACGUAGAUAAAAACAAUUCGGCCGUGGUUAGUUCUGAUGGUGCAAAGUAAACGUGAACGCUGAAACAAGUCAACUGAAAGUUAAUGCUAGUUAAGUUUACUAAUAUUGCGGUAGUCAGUGAAGUGUUAACGUUAGUUAUGCUGGAGUAGUUGUAGCAUUACGAAAGAUGGGGUGGGGGACGGGCUUGACGGCGGCGAGCGGUGUAAUGGCGGUGGAGGUGUGCACGCCGCUGCUGCUGCUGUGCUGGCUCUGCUGCUGGCCCGACGAUGGCUCUGACUCGUCCAGCUCAGGGCACCCUCGCAAGCCUGUCUUAGUCAGCAAUGAAGGAUCGAGGCGGUCAUCCGGACUGCGCGCGCGAACCUUUGGAAGCAGCGCCGUGUCAUUGCAUCUUCCCAGCACCUCUGGGUCUCCGAGCCUGGCUGCGCGGAGCCACGACGACCUGACUCUAGCCCGGGCCUCCGCACCAGAAGUAAUACGAGAGGUGCUCACGCGGCGCGACUGGGACCGCUCCGCACGAGAACUCUUCAUCCCGCUGCGGCCCGACCCCGAGACCUUCUCCUCUCCCCGCUCGCCCCGCAGUCCCGUCGCCCCACACGCAACCCCUGAGGACCUAGGUCUUGACCCACCUUGCAAGAAACACCACACGAAUAUUAAGGGGCGCAAGGAACUACGCGCUGCGCCUCCGGAGCGUGACGAGGAAAGCCCAUCAACGUUUUACAUCGGUGACAACGAAACUGAUAAAUUGGAAGAAAGACCGAUAUGUUCCGCGAAACAAGAAAAGCAGUGCAUGAACGAGUCAAUCCGCUGCAAGGAGCGGCCGUGGCGGCUGGCGGCGGCGGGCUCAGGGCUGCCCGGGCUGACAGUGGACGAAGUGGACGCUCUGGACGCGCUGGCCGCGUCUACGGAUGCGCUGGACGCCACGCCGGACCCGCUGGACUCGCUGGACUCCACGCCGGACACGCUGGACCGCUCGGGAGCUAUGCACCACGCACUCGACUCCCGUGCCGCAGCUGAUAUGGGCUACGCUCGAAUUGUACCUCUCUCGCCAAUUUCUGUCGAUGUAGUGGGCUACGAGUACGAAGGUGUUGCGUACGGCGACGAGGCAGACCGGUUCACGCUGGUGCCCUCCACGCCCGUGGCGCCCGGCGGAGCGCCCGCGACGCGCGCCCGUCACGCCUCCGACGGGGACAUCCUGGGGCCCGCGCCGCGCCCUGAGUCUGGUGCCUUCUCUGAGAGCGACGUGGACUUGGAGCAGCGAUUGGCCCUGCAGGCUGAGGAACUUCAAGAGCACGAGGAGUUUGGGGAACAGAAACCGCAGACAGCACUGUGCUUUACACGCACCGACCGCCGCGAAACUGCAAUAUAAUGCGAUAAAAUAUGGGACGCAAUAUAUGUCAUUUAAAAUCGUACUUUCUGCUAUAUUAUAUGAUAGAUUUAACAAAAACAUUGCCGGUGAAACAAGAAUAAGUAUCACCGCAAUGUGUGUGUUUCAAUACAAUACAAAUUAAUUUCAACCGAAUGUCGGAGAAUCAAAAAUCUUCACGUUUUUCAGCCACGUAGCGGAGGCACGAUUAGGCACGUGCUACGGCGUAGCACGUAUCGUAGCACGGAUUGCUUAGCAGUGAAAGUGUAGCAUGCCAAUGCGAACGUACACUGACAUCAGAAUGAUAUUUGAAUCAUGUUAUUUAGUUAUCGUACAUACGUCCAAUACAUGUAGGUACAAGUACGAGUGAAAUGCACGAUGACUAAAUAACAUUAUUCAAAUGUCAUUCAGUGUACGUUCGAAUUGUUAAUCUGAGUUUUCAUGUUAGAGGGUUAUCUAUAUCUAUGUCCUUAUUUGUUUUUGGAACAAGUUGAUUGUUAUUGUUGUUCUGGUCCUGUAUAACAGUCAGCGCUAUUUUAAUCGCGAUAUUUCAUUGGCGGGACACAAUACAUAUAAAUAUCAUUGACCAAGCUUCUCUGAACUAUAUUUUUAUACAAAAUAUGUCUAGUGUUAUGAGAACACAAUAAGACCCAUUGGCUUAAAAAAACCUAAUCAUAAGUAACUGUGGCAAGGUCACUAAAUACGAAAUGCGUAAAAAUAAUUUAAAGAGAUAGAUAUACAUAUAUUCUACUUAAUCGUGUAAUUAAGAGGAUAGGCCACGGCCUCUUCACCGUACAAACGUAGUCCCCAUUUUCCUCUCUGGAUAUUGACAUAAUGGAAAACGUUUUUACAUAUUUUGAUAGCUUUGCCUCCGAUAGAUGCCUCCACGAAAUUAUGGGCGUUCAUUGGUCUGACUGUGAUCCUUAGGCAUGCCGAUGUCGCUGGAAUAGAGGCCUACCUAAAGUACCUAAUGAGACAGCAGCUACCAUGGUGCGGUGGCGUCUCCUGCAUAUCCCGAGACCGAGUCGCGAAACGCAUCUUCUACUGCGAACUGCAAGAAAACGCAAGCAAAGCGGCCAGUUCUUGUUGUUCAAAGAUGUGUUAAAGCGACAUAUGAAGAGAAAUCACAUAGUGCCAAUGAAAAGGAAAAGUCUAUAGCCAGUGACCGUCCACGUAGGAGGCAUAUUGUGCAGACGCAGGUCCGUCUGUUUGAAGCUAAGUGGCGCACAGAACUCGACGCUAAGCGAGACGAGCUAAAAGCCAGCCCACCUGUAGCCAUACUUAACAAUUAUGCUGGAGUGGUGCUGACUCACAGCGAGUGUCGUCGCACAUUUGCUGCAAAAAUUGGCUAUAUCAGUCACCUGAGAGCGCACCAGCGACGCUUUCAGCGGUAGAACGCAGUCGCUGUGGCCGAAAACGGCUAGGAGAUGAUGAUGAAAUUUAUGAACCAUAGAUAAUCCCCUGUGUUUGACUUUCUUCGAUUUGUUUAAGUAUUUGUGUAAAAAUUAGGAGCAAGAAAUAGAUUUCAUACAAUUUCUUAAAUUUCUCUUUUUUAUAAUAAUUAAAGAUUUGUAAAUAAUCAAACAUAGGAGCAUAGCUGUGGUUGAUACACAACAAACUAUGUCAAAAUAUUUUUAAUAAUGAUAAUAAGUAUCUAGAGAGGAAAAGGAGAACAGCGUUUCUAGGAAAAUAUGGUUUCGGGGCGGAUGUGGCCUAUCCUCUUAAUAAAAGUAGGUAUACCCAGCUAGUUUUUGCUAAACUGGCGGAUAGGCUCUAAUUUGUUGCGAUUUUUAAUGCCGUUAUUAUUCGAGUGUCCUAAAAUCCUAAAUAUUGCCUAUUUUAAAUAGCCAAUGCACAAAAGAAAUGCAUUUUAAUUGUUGCAAAUAUGUAUUAUGGGAAUUAAAUAGGUAUUUAGGAGGUUAAAUAGGGUAGGUUAAGUAGGGUGCCCAUUUGCAUGUCUAACCUUGUAACACAUUAGGGGUCAUCCAUUGAUUACAUCACACGUCUAGGGGGAGGGAGGGGGUCAAGAAAAUGUGACAUGUUGUGACAAGGGGAGGGGGGAGUCACCAACUUUGUGACGUCACUUUAAUCAUCGUCAUCAUCGUCAAAAAAUCAUCGGUAAUUGAUUUAUUUACUUUUUCAAUUUUUAUUGGUUGUAAAGUUAAAUAAUGAGUUUUUGGAACGAUAUUCGUUUAAUUUUCUUUCCUAAUCGGUUUUGUGUUAUAAAAUUACUAAUAAUACUUUUAAA